AUGGAUGAGAAACACUUAACCUCUAUGGGUCAUUCAUUCAGCACCUCAUAAUAUCUGAGAAAAAGCUGAAGAAAAGAUGCUCCUCUUCUGAUGCACACGAAUAGUGAUUUUGCAACUGCCUGAUCACGUCAGUGUUGUGCACAGGUUUGACAGUUAAACAGUGAGGUAGGCUUUGCAUGUAAAGAAAGAAGGAAGCCGACUGAUACUGAGCAGGAUUUGUGAUGCCCCCAUUCUAGCUAUACAGUUCAAGUAAAUUCCUUCUGUAGCUAAUUUAACUAAUAGUGUUGUAAUGUGAAUGGCUGGUCUUUUAGUUAGCGGAGGAGUUAACGUAUCUCUUUAUGAGAGAGACAGAUGAUUUACAGCAGUUUUCACAGCCCUAUCGCAGCCCUAUACCCCAGCCUCCUCUCUUCUCUUUCCAUCCAAUCAAUUAAAGGGCUUUGUCUCUUCCAUCGACUGGGACUCUCCCCAAGUGUGUUGGCUCAUCCACUCAGGUACUGUAGUGUAUCAGUGUUUUAAAACGCCACAGGGAUUAAGGUCUUGUGUUUGUGUGGUUUUCUGCUUGUCUAUAUACUGGUUUGAUUAUCUGCACCGGAGACAUUACACAGAUUACAACAAAAGGACAAUUGCCAUGAUGCGGUGUCACAAUCAGUGUUGAUGUUUACACUACUACACUAGAACACCUACUCAUUCAAGGGUUUUUCUUUAGUGUUACUGUUUUCUACAUUGUAGAAUAAUAGUGAAGACAUCAAAACUAUGAAAUAACACAUAUGGAAUCAUGUAGUAACCAAAAAAGUGUUAAACAAAUCAACAUCUAUUUUAGAUUUUAGAUUCUUCAAAUAGCCACCCUUUGCCUUGAUGACAGCUUUGCACACUCUUGGCAUUCUCUCAACCAGCUUCACCUGGAAUGUUUUUCCAACAGUCUUGAAGGAGUUCCCACAUAUGCCGAGCACUUGUUGGCUGCUUUUCCUUCACCAAAGGACAAAUUUCCACCGGUCUAAUGUCCAUUGCUCGUGUUUCGGCACAAGCAAGUCUCUUCUUCUUAUUGGUGUUCUUUAGUAGUGGUUUCCUUGCAGCAAUUCAACCAUGAAGGCCUGAUUCACACAGUCUCCUCUGAAGAGUUGAUGUUGAGAUGUGUCUGUUACUUGAACUCUGUGAAGCAUUUAUUUGGGCUGCAAUUUCUGAGGCUGAUAACUCUAAUGAAUUUAUCCUCUGCAGCAGAGGUAACUCUGGGUAUUCCAUUCCUGUGGCGGUCCUCAUGAGAGCCAGUUUCAUCAUAGCGCUUGAUGGUUUUUGCGACUGCACUUGAAGAAACUUUCAAAGUUCUUGAAAUUGUCCGGAUUGACUGACCUUCAUGUCUUAAAGUAACGAUGGACAGUUGUUUCUCUUUGCUUAUUUGAGCUGUUCUUGCCAUAAUAUUGUUAUGAUGAGUUUCUGGUAUUGAGAAGUUCAAGAGGCAAGAAUUCACUUAGACAUUCUGUGGAGAUGUUUUAUUUGGAGAAGUAUUUAUUUGAUCACGAGCCCGUGGGUUCAUCUAACAAACGGACAUAGUGUCAUGUCCGUUGUAUAAAGGAUCGGACCAAGGUGCAGCGUGGUAUGCGUACAUAGUCGUUUAUUUUAAUAAACACCGAAUAAAAUAACAAAAGCCAACAGAACGUGAAGUUCAAGAGGCUAAACAUCAAACAAGCCAAACAAGAAACAAGAUCCCACAACUAAGGUAGGCAACAUGGCUGCCUAAGUAUGAUCCCCAAUCAGAGACAACGACCGACAGCUGCCUCUAAUUGGGAACCACACCCGGCCAACAUAGAAAUAUAUAAAUUAGAUUUCACACCUUGACCAACCCAACUAGAGAUCUCAAUGUCAGGGCGUGACACAUAGCCUUGUCCCCUUGUCAGUUGAACUGCCCACGUACACAAAUCUCACAUAUUUUAUACUAUUGGUUAACAUUCCUUCAACCACAUCUGGCCAUCGUCAACAAGCACUACCCCUUCUAUGUCAUGACCUCUUACCCCCAAGCAGGACGUUCCCUCUGUACCUCAUUCUAAUAUAAACCCCACUAUCUUCCUUGGUCAGAUUGGAAUUUACUACCCCAGACUUAGAGUCACCCAGAACCACUUCUCUCUACUAACUUUAAACUAGUUACACACUCAUAUGAAAUGGCCCCAUAUCCUCAUUAUAUCAAAUAUGGACUUGGUUUUUUACCAAAUAGGGCUAUCUUCUGUAUACCUUGUCACAACACAACUGAUGGGCUCAAACGCAUUAAAAAAUGAAAGAAAUUCCACAAAUUAACUUUUAAGAAGGCACACCUGUUAAUUGAAAUGCAUUCCAGGUGACUACCUCAUGAAGCUGGUUGAGAGAAUGCCAAGAGUGUGCAAAGCUGGCAUCAAGGCAAAGGGUGGCUAUUUGAAUGUUUAACAAUUUUUUUGGUUACUACAUGAUUCCUUAUGUGUUAUUUCAUAGUGUUGAUGUCUUCGCUAUUAUUCUAUAAUGUAGAAAAUAGUAAAACUAAAGAAAAACCCUUGAAUGAGUAGGUGUUCUAAAACUUUUGACCGGUAGUGUGUGGCUCAAGCUGACGAUGAAAGUCAUGUUUAUGUUAUUUCAGUCAGUUUGUGUGUGCAUAGUUAAUGCUUUGAACGUCAUUAAUCUGCGUGGGAGAGAGGAUUUAUAUAGUGUCAGCAAGCUAGUUGAGGACCCACAGCCACACAUACAUCGCAGCACUGUAAAAACGCCAACUUAACCAAUUGCUUAAUCAGCGUAAUUUUGUGAGUUGGGUGGACUUCAGAAGGACAACAAAUUGAGCUAAACAAACUUUGCUCACACUGAGCUGAAUGUAUAAAAACUUGUUGAGUCGAAUUACAAAUUCAUGUUUGCCUUUGGAAGGCUGUAUGCUGGUUUAGCUAUUUGCAGCUUGUUACAAAGCCUUACAAUUGUAUGUUGAAUCAACUCUGCUCGCAGUGAGCUGAAUUUGAACAAGCUUCUUGAGUAAAAAUACAAACGUAUGUUUGCUCAAAACAACUCAAAACCAUGCCCAUCAAUACAGUGCCUUGGCGUUUUUCCUAUUUUAUUGCAUUACAACCUGUAAUUUAAAUUGAUUUUUAUUUGGAUUUCAUGUAAUGGACAUACACAAAAUAGUCCAAAUUGGCGAAGUGAAAUGAAAAAAAAUACUUGUUUCAAACAAUUCAAAAAUAUAAAUAACGGAAAAGUGGUGCGUGCAUAUGUAUUCACCCCCUUUGCAGUGAAGCCCCUAAAUAAGAUCUGGUGCAACCAAUUACCUUCAGAAGUCACAUAAUUAGUUAAAUAAAGUCCACCUGUGUGCAAUCUAAGUGUCACAUAAUCUGUCACAUGAUCUCAGUAUAUACAUAUACCUGUUCUGAAAGGCCCCAGAGUCUGCAACACCACUAAGCAAGGGGCACCACCAAGCAAGCGGCACCAUGAAGAUCAAGGAGCUCUCCAAACAGGUCAGGGGCAAAGUUGUGGAGAAGUACAGAUCAGGGUUGGGUUAUAAAAAUAUCAGAAACUUUGAAUAUCCCGCGGAGCACCAUUAAAUCCAUUAUUAAAAAAGGGAAAGAAUAUGGCACAACAACAAACCUGCCAAGAGAGGGCCGCCCACCAAAACACACGGACCAGGCAAGGAGGGCAUUAAUCAGAGAGGCAACAAAGAGACCAAAGAUCACCCAGAAGGAGCUGCAAAGCUCCACAUCGGAGAUUGGAGUAUCUGUCCAUAGGACCACUUUAAGCCGUACACUCCACAGAGCUGGGCUUUAUGGAAGAGUGGCCAGAAAAAAGCCAUUGCUUAAAGAAAAAAAUAAGAAAACAGGCUUGGUGUUCGCCAAAAGGCAUUUGGAAGGCUCCCCAAACAUAUACAGUGGGGAGAAACAAGUAUUUGAUACACUGCCGAUUUUGCAGGUUUUCCUACUUACAAAGCAUGUAGAGGUCUGUAAUUUUUAUCAUAGGUACAUUUCAACUGUGAGAGACGGAAUCUAAAACAAAAAUCCAGAAAAUCACAUUGUAUGAUUUUUAAAUAAUUAAUUUGCAUUUUAUUGCAUGACAUAAGUAUUUGAUCACCUACCAACCAGUAAGAAUUCCGGCUCUCACAGACCUGUUAUUUUUUCUUUAAGAAGCCCUCCUGUUCUCCACUCAUUACCUGUAUUAACUGCACCUGUUUGAACUCGUUACCUGUAUAAAGGACACCUGACACACACUCAAUCAAACAGACUCCAACCUCUCCACAAUGGCCAAGACCAGAGAGCUGUGUAAGGACAUCAGGGAUAAAAUUGUAGACCUGCACAAGGCUGGGAUGGGCUAAAGGACAAUAGGCAAGCAGCUUGGUGAGAAGGCAACAACUGUUGGCGCAAUUAUUAGAAAAUGGAAGAAGUUCAAGAUGACAGUCAAUCACCCUCGGUCUGGGGCUCCAUGCAAGAUCUCACCUCGUGGGGCAUCAAUGAUCAUGAGGAAGAUGAGGGAUCAGCUCAGAACUACACGGCAGGACCUGGUCAAUGACCUGAAGAGAGCUGGGACCACAGUCUCAAAGAAAACCAUUAGUAACACACUACGCCGUCAUGGAUUAAAAUCCUGCAGCGCACGCAAGGUCCCCCUGCUCAAGCCAGCACAUAUCCAGGCCCGUCUGAAGUUUGCCAAUGACCAUCUGGAUGAUCCAGAGGAGGAAUGGGAGAAGGUCAUGUGGUCUGAUGAGACAAAAAUAGAGCUUUUUGGUCUAAACUCCACUCGCCGUGUUUGGAGGAAGAAGAAGGAUGAGUACAACCCCAAGAACACCAUCCCAACCGUGAAGCAUGGAGGUGGAAACAUCAUUCUUUGGGGAUGCUUUUCUGCAAAGGGGACAGGACGACUGCACCGUAUUGAAGGGAGGAUGGAUGGGGCCAUGUAUCGCGAGAUCUUGGCCAACAACCUCCUUCCCCCUUGAAGAUGGGUCGUGGCUGGGUCUUCCAGCAUGACAACGACCCGAAACACACAGCCAGGGUAACUAAGGAGUGGCUCCGUAAGAAGCAUCUCAAGGUCUUGGAGUGGCCUAGCCAGUCUCCAGACCUGAACCCAAUAGAAAAUCUUUGGAGGGAGCUGAUAGUCCGUAUUGCCCAGCGACAGCCCCGAAACCUGAAGGAUCUGGAUAAUGUCUGUAUGGAGGAGUGGGCCAAAAUCCCUGCUGCAGUGUGUGCAAACCUGGUCAAGACCUACAGGAAACGUAUGAUCUCUGUAAUUGUGAACAAAGGUUUCUGUACCAAAUAUUAAGUUCUGCUUUUCUUUAUGUGUCAAAUACUUAUGUCAUGCAAUACAAUGCAAAUUAAUUACUUAAAAAUCAUACAAUGCAAUUUUCUUGGUUUUUGUUUUAGAUUCCGUCUCUCACAGUUGAAGUGUACCUAUGAUAAAAAUGACAGACCUCUACAUGCUUUGUAAGUAGGAAAACCUGCAAAAUCGGCAGUGUAUCAAAUACUUGUUCUCCCCACUGUAUAAGACUAUAAUUGAGCUUUUUGGCCAUCGAGGAAUACGCUAUGUCUGGCGCAAACCCAACACCUCUCAUCACCCCGAGAACACCAUCCCCCACACUGAAGCAUGGUGGUGGCAGCAUCAUGCUGUGGGGAUGUUUUUCAUCGGCAGGGACUGGAAAACUGGUCAGAAUUGAAGGAAUGAUGGAUGGCGCUAAAGUCAGGGAAAUUCUUGAGGGAAACCUGUUUCAGUCUUCCAGAGAUUUGAGACUGGGACGCAGGUUCACCUUCCAGCAGGACAAUGACCCUAAGCAUACUGCUAAAGCAACACUUGAAUGGUUUAAGUGGAAACAAUUAAAUGUCUUGGAAUGGCCUAGUCACAGCCCAGAACUCAAUCCAAUUGAGAAUCUGUGGUAUGACUUAAAGAUUGCUGUACACCAGCUGAAUCCAUCUAACUUGAAGGAGCUGGAGCAGAUUUGCCUUGAAGAAUGGGCAAAAAUCCCAGUGGUUAGAUGUGCCAAGCUCAUAGAGACAUACCCCAAGAGACUUGCAGCUGUAAUUGCUGCAAAAGGUGGCUCUACAAAGUAUUGACUUUGGGGGGUGAAUAGUUAUGCACGCUCAAGUUUUAUUUUUUCUUGUCUUAUUUCUUGUUUGUUUCACAAGGAAAAAUAUUUUGCAUCUUCAAAGUGGUAGGCAUGAUGUGUAAAUCAAAUGAUACAAACCCCCCAAAAAUACAUUUUAAUUCCAGGUUUUAAGGCAACAAAAUAGGAAAAAUGCCAAGGGGGUUGAAUAAUUUCGCAAGCCACUGUAUAAUAUUUCCCAGCAAGCUUUAUUGCAGGUUGAUUUUCAGAAUUGUUUGUUAUAAUACCUGAGUUUUUGCAUUUACAGUACAUUGAUUGGUUGAUUAAUUUUAGGCUACACAAACAUAAAUUACAUAAAUCUUUGUAAACUAAUCCAAUCUGUUAGAAGUUAGAUUGUUGCACUCGAUACUGAGAUGGCUGUUCCAGUUUAUAUGGUUUAGGUAGUCUCAAUAAUCAAUCUUCUCUACUCUGGCAGUCAUUCUCUCAAUGCAGGUUGCAGGUGAUUAAAAGUUCCAGUUGUUGGAUAUCCUCACAUAGGAAUUACACAUCACUUUGCAAGCCAGCAUAAUAUGACUUGCAAGCUUGACGUGGCCUGUAAACCAGGAGUUUCAGAUCAAUGCGUUAGGGUGUAACUAGGCCCUCAAAGAAAGGCCUUAUGAUAUAGGUCAUGUAUUGUCAUAAAGAGUUACAUUGUACGUUGAAUCAACUUUUUAUAUUUUUCAGUGAGGGACCUGUAGAGGCAGAGGAAAGGAGAGUGGUCGAAAUACCAUGGAGCCUUAUCCUUAAUGGGGCAUAAUCAACAUUUUCUGUGUUGCCAAGGACUCAGAGGACACACUGCAUGAGGGGACCUUUAUCAUGAGCGCACACACUGUGGUCUUAAUUAAAGAGAAUGUAUAUAGCGCAUAGUCACACAAACACCCACACACCCCACCACCACUCCUCACUAAAUGGCCUCCUUCUCCAGAUGUCCAGAAAUUAGCGGCUAGAUUCAAUUAGUUCUGCCUUAACCCGCGAUAACCGACAACUGCAUAGCAGUUUCAUUGUUUUUAUUUAGCCGAUGUUGGAGGUGUAACUGCGUUGGAGCUGUCAAAUCAGCAAGCGGCUCCUGGCAUUAUACCUAUUGCGGACAUUGCCAUUGGAUGCGCCGAGUUACACAAGUAAUAAUCCCAUGCAGCCUUGUUACAAGUUGGAACACUGGAAUGUGUGUUGUAAUCUAUACCUCCAUUAGGCUGAUGUAAAUCCUUAUUAUUUUGUUGAAUGAUUUUAAAUGUCAGUGCCAUUACUUCUAUAUAGUCUACACUUUCUCGUUCUGUACUUCUAAUGCAAGUGGGAUGGGUGUGGCUUCGUGACAAUGACCACACGAGCAGCCGCUCUGAUUUGACAGCUCGUCACGUAAAACACCAGCUAUGCGGGUUCAGCUAUCACUGGUUAACGCUUGAUCUGAUUGAAUCUAGGCCUAGGUCUGUAUUUUCACGUUGUCCCUCUCAAUGUUCUACCCAUCUCCCUCCAACUGGUGGAGGUAGAGAGUGAGGUAUGAGGGACCAAAGCAGUUAAGAUGGUGCAGGAGAGCUGAGAGGGAGAAUCAGUUCACAACUAAAGUGUGCGGACGUCCUUCCCUGGCACAAUCAAUAUGGGCAGGUCAAGGACGAAGAGAGCUGUAUGUAAAUCUAACAGAGGUCAAAUCAAUCCACCUCACACACACAAACACACACACUCACAGAUGGCACAGGCAGGCAGACGCUCCCUUACAACACGCUCUCUCAUUCUCGAUUUCUCAACUCGAUAACAGUCUAUUUAGUUUAUGAGAAUUGUACUGUAUGAUCAAUUACUAUAGUAACAAUAUGUUUAGUAGCAAUUUGAAUUCCAAACAGAGCAUGCACGUAGAUGAAAUACAUCUUAAAAGCGCUUUGAGACCUUGUGAGAAACUCUAGCCACAUAAAUGCAGUUCAUGACCCAUUUCUAUAAAGCACGUAGAUACAGACUAAUUCAGUAUGUUGAAGCACAUGCACUUAGAAACGUAUGAAGCAGAAUAAACUGCUGUGCACAUUGCGAGGCCAUGCCUGCUGAUUAAAAGAGACUGGCUAUUGUUAAUGAUAUGAGCCACUCUAUCUGCUCCCUAAUGGGCAUGUCUCAUACUGUGUCAUCCCGCCAAAGGAAAUGUAAUUUUACAUACAGGGAGGGCUACAGUACAGUAGGCAUGCCUGCCAGGAACGAGAUCAGGAUGAUGGUCAGGUUUGUAUAUGGCAUAUUAAGCUAACAUGUUAUAGCUAGCAUGGUGCUAUCCAGACCCAUAUAGUAUAGGGGUUCUAACAAGCAAGAUCAUAGUGUUCUGCAAAUGCUUUGCUAGAGAUUGCCUUCCAAGAGUUUGGUCCCAGGUAGAACCCUUUUAGGUUAAAUGUAAAACCCUUUCGACAGAGGGUUCUACAUGGAACCCAAAAGAGUUCUACAUGGAACGAAAAAGGGUUCUCCUAUGGGGACAGCCGAAGAAUCCUUUUGGAACCCUUUUUUUCCUGAGUGUGUAGACUCUCAGUUUUGCUGUGCAGUGAUGUGCUGCAUGUUUUAGUGUUCGCUGGUGUGGUUGGUUGUUCUGUGCUGCCUGGCACUAAUGCACUGCAGUGGAUCUUUAGUAUUCCUCUCCUGCCGUCUGAGAAGGGUCUCCUCUGGGACUGGCGCGGAGCGGCGGGGAAGAGAUGCGGCCAGUGCCCAUCUCAGCCACCGCUCCCUCCCGCCCUCCACACACACUAUUAAUAAGCCCUGCGCACAGAGUCUGUGGCAGGCAGCAGACAGGGCCAUGUAGGGCACACAAUCAGACUGCUUGGCCAGGCUGGAGGGGGGGACAAGGCAGGCAAUCCAAAAAGUAUUGAUUGGACGACUGGGCCUCUCUGUGUGGCAGAAAGUGAUAGGGGUUGCUGACUGUAGGACCCACAGAGGAUGAGUACAGAGCAAGGCCUAUUGAGAAAAGGACACUGCAUAACGGUUAACUAUUCUGCUGGGUGUGUUGUCAAAGGUGUGUGUGUAUGUGUGCGUGCGUCAGCGCUCCUGCUUGCCUGCAUGCGUGCCUGUGUACUGCCCCUCUGUAUUGUCCUACAGUGAAAUAACACCUCCUAAUAUCGAAAUCACACUGAUUUGUUUUACUUUCUAUGAUGUUCUCUGUGUGAUAUGAUACAUAUUUACCAAGAUAAUGAAUACACACAAUUUGGAAUAUCUGGUACCAUUUCUCAUUGCCAGCACGGAUCCUCCCCACACAAAGCCUGUAUAGGUCCAUCUAAAUAGAGCAUUUCCUGGCUCUAGCGACGACCCCAUGUGUGGUAAAGUCAUUAAAUCCUGAACAAGGAAUCAUUUCUCCAAGCUAACAUCAUCUAUUUACAAACAACACAUUCAUAUUCAUCGAAAUCCAAUCAUUUCACUCCUCCUGUUCAAACAACUUGGGUCUCUCAUUUUUAAAGUAAAUGAGAAAGUACAUGGCUAAUUAAUGUCUGUGUUUUGCAAACAUUCAUAUCUCUCCUUUAAUUAUGAUAUUUUGUGUAAUGUGUGUUUCUCUUCUAACUGUGCUGUCUGUGUGUUGCAGGUGAGGGGAACCCCAAGGAGAGCAGUCCUUUCAUCAACAGCAGCAGUGCCAGCGACGUAGAGAAGAGCCAGCAGUACGAUGGCAAGAACAUGGCCCUGUUUGAGGUCUGUAACACGGGGCUCCCUAACUUGCUUACCUAUAAUUACACUGUAAUUCAAUACUGUAAUUACUUUGCUCUAUUGGUUUGAAAUGAGCACCUACAGUAUAUACAAAGCCUUGCUUACUUACUUACCAUCUGGCACCAGGUGGGUUGAAUUAUUUGAAAUAAGUACUGGCUUAAUAAUAGUUUCUCAGUUGUCAACACCAGCUUAGGGGGCUGUAAAAUGAGGGCUGAUAUGAUGUCUGUCCACCUGUCCCUGUGUCCUGCAGGAAGAGAUGGACAACAGUCCCAUGGUGUCAUCCAUACUCAGCAGUCUGGCCAACUACUCCAACCUGCCUCAGGGCAGCAAAGAGCACGAGGAGGCCGAAAACGAGGAGGGGGCGGCUCCAUCCAAAAAAAAGCCUGCUGUCAAGGUACUUCAUCUAAUCUAAACUAAAGUCUGGUCCUAAACAUAAACAUUAGCUGGAGUUUGACUUGAUCUGAGUCAGCAGAGUAUGUCCCUUACAGGCCAUCGUCCUCCACCUGGCAAGGUCCAAGCUGAUUAAGAACGGACAGGGGGGUUACUGAUGACGCUGUCAGCCAUGUUUAGGCCUGGACAGGACGUUAUUGAUGGCUGUGCGUGCUGCCCUUUUCCUUCCCUGCCGUUACACAGAAGUAAUGGUAAUUUACAGGGCCUGAGCAGGGCCACAUUAGGCUUGUUAUCCAGCAUGUAUGCAGUGGAGCAUAGUCUUGUUACACUGGUCUGAGUCAGGUUACUGCAUCAUUCACCUCCAUUCCACAUCUUAAUGUGACAGCUCCUUCCAGCCAAGAGGCCACAAGAGGCUGGUAUUAUGAGAUCAUUCUAGUAGAUACAGUGGGGGAAAAAAGUAUUUAGUCAGCCACCAAUUGUGCAAGUUCUCCCACUUAAAAAGAUGAGAGAGGCCUGUAAUUUUCAUCAUAGGUACACGUCAACUAUGACAGACAAAUUGAGAUUUUUUUUCUCCAGAAAAUCACAUUGUAGGAUUUUUUAUGAAUUUAUUUGCAAAUUAUGGUGGAAAAUAAGUAUUUGGUCACCUACAAACAAUGAAGAUUUCUGGCUCUCACAGACCUGUAACUUCUUCUUUAAGAGGCUCCUCUGUCCUCCACUCGUUACCUGUAUUAAUGGCACCUGUUUGAACUUGUUAUAUGUAUAAAAGACACCUGUCCACAACCUCAAACAGUCACACUCCAAACUCCACUAUGGCCAAGACCAAAGAGCGUCAAAGGACACCAGAAACAAAAUUGUAGACCUGCACCAGGCUGGGAAGACUGAAUCUGCAAUAGGUAAGCAGCUUGGUUUGAAGAAAUCAACUGUGGGAGCAAUUAUUAGGAAAUGGAAGACAUACAAGACCACUGAUAAUCUCCCUUGAUCUGGGGCUCCACGCAAGAUCUCACCCCGUGGGGUCAAAAUGAUCACAAGAACGGUGAGCAAAAAUCCCAGAACCACACGGGGGGACCUAGUGAAUGACCUGCAGAGAGCUGGGACCAAAGUAACAAAGCCUACCAUCAGUAACACACUACGCCGCCAGGGACUCAAAUCCUGCAGUGCCAGACGUGUCCCCCUGCUUAAGCCAGUACAUGUCCAGGCCCGUCUGAAGUUUGCUAGAGUGCAUUUGGAUGAUCCAGAAGAGGAUUGGGAGAAUGACAUAUGGUCAGAUGAAACCAAAAUAGAACUUUUUGUUAAAAACUCAACUUGUCGUGUUUGGAGGACAAAUAAUGCUGAGUUGCAUCCAACGAACACCAUACCUACUGUGAAGCAUGGGGGUGGAAACAUCAUGCUUUGGGGCUGUUUUUCUGCAAAGGGACCAGGACGACUGAUCCGUGUAAAGGAAAGAAUGAAUGGGGCCAUGUAUCGUGAGAUUUUGAGUGAAAACCUCCUUCCAUCAGCAAGGGCAUUGAAGAUGAAACGUGGCUGGGUCUUUCAGCAUGACAAUGAUCCCAAACACACCGCCCGGGCAACAAAGGAGAGGCUUCGUAAGAAGCAUUUCAAGGUCCUGGAGUGGCCUAGCCAGUCUCCAGAUCUCAACCCCAUAGAACAUUUUUGGAGGGAGUUGAAAGUCUGUGUUGCCCAGCGACAGCCCCAAAACAUCACUGCUCUAGAGGAGAUCUGCAUGGAGGAAUGGGCCAAAAUACCAGCAACAGUGUGUGAAAACCUUGUGAAGACUUACAGAAAACGUUUGACCUGUGUCAUUGCCAUCAAAGGGUAUAUAACAAAGUAUUGAGAAACUUUUGUUAUUGACCAAAUACUUAUUUUCCACCAUAAUUUGCAAAUAAAUUCAUAAAAAAUCCUACAAUGUGAUUUUCUGGAUUUUAUUUCUCAUUUUGUCUGUCAUAGUUGACGUGUACCUAUGAUGAAAAUUACAGGCCUCUCUCAUCUUUUUAAGUGGGAGAACUUGCACAAUUGGUGGCUGACUAAAUACUUUUUUUCCCCGCUGUAUGAACCUGAGUGGAUGGGAUAAUGUUUUUAUUUAAUUUUUUUAUCUUAGACAAGAUGAGGAGCCUUACUCAACCAACUGACUCACAUUCCUCCCUUUCUGUGAAAUUGGGGCAAAUGAUCACAUGGCAUGGUAACUGGUCUGACAGGUUAAUUUAGAGGUGGUUUGUGUUGUUUUUAGCAUCAGUCAGAGAGAUAGGCCAAUGUUUUCUUCACAGAAAAAAUAUAAUAGGCUUUUGACAAUUUAAUGAAUAUGGACGCAUCAAAAUGUGCAGUUAUUUGGCCAUUUGUAGCUCAGCACUAAAGGUUUCGUAAAACAGGUACAGUUAUUGUGUACUGUGGACUUCAGUUGUGUUCUCUACAGCAGUGUUUCUCAAUCCUGGUCAUGGGGCUCCAAAAGGGGUGCACAUUUUUGUUUUGCGCUAGCAAUAACACACCUGAUUCAAAUGAUCAGCUUCAGCAUGUUCAUGAUGAAUUAUUUGAAUCAGGUAUGUUAGUGCAAAAAAACUAAAAUGUGCACCCCUUUGGGUCCCCAGGACCAGGAUUGAGAAACACUUCUCUACAGUGAGAGAGACAGACAACGUGGAGCCUGUCACUGAAUGCUGAGUAAUUGCUUAUUGUGUGGCAAAGCCCCUAUAGUGAUUGAAUCACCUGGAGGAUCUGCGGUCCAAGGGCAAAACCUAAGCCAGACAGCCUGUCAGUGGCCCUGCAGUGAGCUACCUCUCGCUGGCUCUCCCCUGUGGCCCGGCAGAACCCCCAGGACUAGGUCAUCCCUCAAAUCAAAUACAAUUGUAUUUGUCACAUGCAGCAAAUACAACAUGUGUAGACAUUACCGUGAAAUGUUUGCUUACCAACGAUGCAAAGUAAAAUAUAUAUAUAUAUAUAUAUAUACAGUGCGUUCGGAAAGUAUUCAGAACCCUUGACUUUUUCCACAUUUUGUUACGUAUCCCCCCUCAUCAAUCUACACACCACUCUAUAAUGACGAAUCAAAAACAGGUUUUUAGAAAAUUUUGCUAAUUUAUUACAAAUAAAAAACAGAAAGAGCUUAUUUACAUAAGUAUUCAGACCCUUUGCUAUGACACUAGAAAUUGAGCUCAGGUGCAUCCUGUUUCCAUUGAUCAUCCUUGAGAUGUUUCUACAACUUGAUUGGAGUCCACCUGUGGUCAAUUCAAUUGAUUGGACAUUAUUUGGAAAGGCUCACACCUGUCUAUAUAAGGUCCCACACUAGACAGUGCAUGUCAGAGCAAAAACCAAGCCAUGAGGUCGAACGAAUUGUCCAUAGAGCUCCGAGACAAGAUUGUGUCGAGGCACAGAUCUGGGGAAGGGUACCAAAAUAUUUCUGCAGCAUUGAAGGUCCCCAAGAUCACAGGGGCCUCCAUCAUUCUUAAAUGGUUCCUCUGUGGAGAUGGGUGAACCUUCCAGAAGGACAACCAUCACUGCAGCACUCCACCAAUCAGGCCUUUAUGGCAUGGUGGCCAGACGGAAGCCACAGUAAAAGGCACAUGACAGCCCGCUUGUAGUUUGCCAAAAAGCACCUAAAGACUCUCAGACCAUGAGAAACAAGAUUCUCUGGUCUGAUGAAACCAAGAUUGAACUCUUUGGCCUGAAUGCCAAGAGUCACGUCUGGAGAAAAGCAGGCACCAUCCCUACGGUGAAGCGAGAUCCUUGAUGAAAACCUGCUCCAGAGCGCUCAGGAUCUCAGACUGGGGCGAAGGUUAAUCUUCCAACAGGACAAUGACCCUAAGCACACAGCCAAGACAAUGCAGGAGUGGCUUUGGCACAAGUCUCUGAAUGUUCUUGAGUGGCACAGCCAGAGCCCGGACUUGAACCCGAUCGAUCAUCUCUGGAGAGACCUGAAAAUAGCUGUUCAGCGACGCUCCCCAUCCAACCUGACAGAGCUUGAGAGGAUCUGCAGAGAAGAAUGUGAGAAUUCCCCAAAUACAGGUGUGCCAAGCUUGUAGCGUCAUACCCAAGAAGACUCGAGGAUGUAAUCGCUGCCAAAGAUGCUUCAACAAAGUACUGAAUAAAGGGUCUGAAUACUUAUGUAAAUGUGAUAUUUCAGUUUGCUAAUUUUUUUCACAAAAGAAAAACAGUUUUUGCUUUGUCAUUAUGGGGCAUUGUGUGUAGAUUGAUGAGGGGAAAAACAACUUAAUCAAUUUUAGAAUAAGGCUGUAACGUAACAAAAUGUGGAAAAAGUCAAGGGGUCUGAAUACUUUCCGAAUGCACUAGUAACAAAAGAGGAAUAAAAUACACUGGAUUUAAUAUCAAUGUGCAGGGGUACGAGGUAUUUGAGGAAGAUACAGAUUUUUAUUUCUUUCCUAUGUCUCAUCUCCUCCAUGAGGCGCUUUAGACACUUAAUUGGAGAGUCAGGGAGACAAGCAAGGACUAAGACGACAAAUGGUUGCUUGUACCUCUACUUGUACUGUAUUAUUAGACAUUGUCAUUGAUGUUACAGUGAGGGAAAAAAGUAUUUGAUCCCCUGCUGAUUUUGUAUGUUUGCCCACUGACAAAGAAAUUAUCAGUCUAUAAUUUUAAUGGUAGGUUUAUUUGAACAGUGAGAGACUGAAUAACAACAAAAAAAUCCAGAAAAAUGCAUGUUAAAAAUGUUAUAAAUUGAUUUGCAUUUUAAUGAGGGAAAUAAGUAUUUGACCCCCUCUCAAUCAGAAAGAUUUCUGGCUCCCCGGAGUCUUUUAUACAGGUAACGAGCUGAGAUUAGGAGCACACUCUUAAAGGGAGUGCUCCUAAUCUCAGUUUGUUACCUGUAUAAAAGACACCUGUCCACAGAAGCAAUCAAUCAAUCAGAUUCCAAACUCUCCACCAUGGCCAAGACCAAAGAGCUCUCCAAGGAUGUCAGGGACAAGAUUGUAGACCUACACAAGGCUGGAAUGGGCUACAAAACCAUCGCCAAGCAGCUUGGUGAAAAGGUGACAACACAAAAUAACUGUCAAUCUCCCUCGGCCUGGGGCUCCAUGCAAGAUCUCACCUCGUGGAGUUGUAAUGAUCAAGAGAACGGUGAGGAAUCAGCCCAGAACUACACGGGAGGAUCUUGUCAAUGAUCUCAAGGCAGCUGGGACCAUAGUCACCAAGAAAACAAUUGGUAACACACCAUGCCGUGAAGGACUGAAAUCCUGCAGCGCCCGCAAGGUCCCCCUGCUCAAGAAAGCACAUAUACAGGCCCGUCUGAAGUUUGCCAAUGAACAUCUGAAUGAUUCAGAGGAGAACUGGGUGAAAGUGUUGUGGUCAGAUGGAACCAAAAUGGAGCUCUUUGGCAUCAACUCAACUCGCCAUGUUUGGAGGAGGAGGAAUGCUGCCUAUGACCCCAAGAACACCAUCCCCACCGUCAAACAUGGAGGUGGAAACAUUAUGCUUUGGGGGUGUUUAUCUGCUAAGGGGGACAGGACAACUUCACCGCAUCAAAGGGACGAUGGACGGGGCCAUGUACCAUCAAAUCUUGGGUGAGAACCUCCUUCCCUCCGCCAGGGCAUUGAAAAUGGGUUGUGGAUGGGUAUUCCAGCAUGACAAUGACCCAAAACACACGGCCAAGGCAACAAAGGAGUGGCUCAAGAAGAAGCACAUUAAGGUCCUGGAGUGGCCUAGCCAGUCUCCAGACCUUAAUCCCAUAGAAAAUCUGUGGAGGGAGCUGAAGGUUCGAGUUGCCAAACAUCAGCCUCGAAACCUUAAUGACUUGGAGAAGAUCUGCAAAGAGGAGUGGGACAAAAUCCCUCCUGAGAUGUGUGCAAACCUGGUGGCCAACUACAAGAAACGUCUGACCUCUGUGAUUGCCAACAAGGGUUUUGCCACCAAGUACUAAAUCAUGUUUUGCAGAGGGGUCAAAUACUUAUUUCCCUCAUUUAAAAUGCAAAAUCAAUUUAUAACAUUUUUGACAUGCGUUUUUCUGGAUUUUUUUGUUGUUAUUCUGUCUCUCACUGUUCAAAUAAACCUACCAUUAAAAUGAUAGACUGAUCAUGUCUUUGUCAGUGGGCAAACGUACAAAAUCAGCAGGGGAUCAAAUACUUUUUCUCCUCACUGUACUGUUGGAGAUGACAAAAACUUUCUUAGGCAACUGGAAUUAAAACGGACAUCUUCUCCUGGAAUAAAUUGCAUUUAAAAGUAGUUUAGUAAAUUAAUUUAGUCAAAGAAAUCAUGAAUCCUGCAUUGCUAUAAUGUUUAAGGAAUAUGCCGUACUGGUAUUAUACUGGAUGGCUGCACACAUCAUUUGAAGGUUACAAGGUCUGUAAGAUGGCGACUAAGUGAAGUCCUAUGUGAGAUCCAAUCCCAUAUAACUCAAUAGCUGAAAGCCAUGUCUAAUCAAUGGUAGAGUGUGAGAACUACAUUUUCUCCUCCAUACAUAACUAUACAGACAGGCGAGAUUAAUGAGAGGGUCCUUCUCCCUGGCAACUGGACAACUGCUAGUUAUUAGCUAAAUGGGCUGACAGAGAUAGAGGAUUUGGGCAGCCUCAGCCAGUAUCCUAGCGCCACCUCCACCUGUGUGAAUAGAUGAGUGAAAGGAAGUGUCUACUGAUAAACUAUGAUAUCACACAUCUGGAUUAUUUUAACUCCACGUAGUGAGACACAGAGGAAUCUCUGCUGCCUGAAUUUCAGCUUUAUACCUCAGAUGUAAAAAAAAGCCUUCAAUCAUGGAAAGCCACAAACUUAUCGCCAGCCCAAAAUAAUGAGGAAAAGGAGGAGAAAGUGUUAUCUUUCUGCUGCCAUUCAAAUAGGUUAAUGAGGGAGGAGAUGUCCCCAUUUUGACUGAACAAAGAGCUUGUCAUUCUCUCUUCAUAUGAUUACUGUCUUUUUGUGAUGGGAUAGAGGAGGGCUCUUGAGUUUCUAAUGAGUCUGUACUGUAUUUCUGUAUGAUGAGUGCUGUAUGAAUCGGUACUGUAUCCACUGAACUCGGAUGCAGGAGUCGGUCACUAGAGGAAUUUGUUUUGUUCCACUAAUGGUGUGGGGUACAUUACUGUACUUCUAUAAAGUUUGUACUGCCAUGCCACAGUUAAACAUUUUCAUAUCACGUGCGCACUCUCGCAUGCACACACACACAGUAUUAAUCAGUAUUGCGUUGUGUUUGUUCUCCAGGCACCAUCGCUGGGCACUCUGAUGGGGGUGUACCUGCCCUGCAUCCAGAAUAUUUUUGGUGUGAUCUUGUUCCUGCGGAUGACCUGGAUGGUGGGCAUCGGAGGGGUAUUUGGCUCCUUCAUCAUCGUCUUCAUGUGCUGCUCCACGGUGAGUCACAGCUCUGGGCCAUAUCCUUCUCACACAUUCGCUCUCUCCUGUUCUCCUCCAUCUUUUUUCUUCCCCUCAUCCUCUCUCUCUCUUUAUAUCACCCUCCAUAUUUCCCUCUCCCCUGUGAAAGCUCUUUUUCUCUUUCGCCCUUCGGUCCACUCUGUCUCUCUCUCUUUCCCUUCUCCCCCCCUCUCUCUAUCCUCUCUCCAUCAGUGUUAGUAUGGGCAAUGUGCCAGCCAGAACAGAAAGAGAGGCUAGUUUGCAACACUGAUAAGGAUAUACUCAAUGCCACUUCCAUUUGAAUUCUGUUUGAUAUCCCAAAGCUCUCCCAGUUGAGUAAAUCCUAGUUUAAUCCUAUUUUGACCUGAGGUAGACCUAAAAUCUUUACAGAAUACAUUUACUAUUCAUCCCUUAACUUAACGUACUUUUUUACAGUGUUGUAUACCCAAGUAUAUUUUCAGAUUCCAUCAGAUUCUGGUUCACAGUAAUUUCAUCAUCUUCUACUGAAAAUAAUUAUAUAACCCAGAAGAACUGUAACUUAAAUUCCAUAAUGCAUUUAGAAUGCAUUAAUCCAAAUGGUGUUCCUUUUGAUGAACUCUGGUUUGCUGCCCCAAGGGACUAAAAGCUAUAGCCUUAGUACUUAGUACUAGCCAUGAGGACUAUCGCCCCCCAUGAGCCUAUCCCCAAACACUAGGUGACCGCCCUUACCCCCCGUCUGUCACUGAUCCAGUGACAAAGGAAGACUAGCUAGCGCUCUAAGCUGCUAUCAGCAGCAGUACUGAUCCUGAAGUCGGAUACAGCCCAUCCCGGACUGAUCAAAGACAACGUCAAACCCCAACAACUCUGAUUCAGCAUUGAGCUCAGGACUCUAAAGAACUGCUACUUGGGGCCAUACAUAGAGGUGGUGACCAGUUGGACCUCUGUUCCAGUCUCAACCCAGGGAUAGUAGAGCCUCCUAUUUGUGCUGCUGUUUGUGGAAAUGCAUGUGGAUAUCCAUCAGAUGUGUUAGAUAGAAAAGACAGCAGGAUGGGAGAAGUGCCUGAGCUAUCUAUUAUAAGAGAUGUGCUUCCCAACCCAACACUGAUUUGCCACUUGUAUUUCCUGUCUUGUUAUGCUUUGUACGUGGUGAUCAGUUCACAUCACCGUCAAUUUACACAUAUCAUGGGAGAAGAAUGGGAGAAUAUUUCCGUUUUUUAUUUGUAAUAAAUUUGCAAAAAUUUAUACAAACCUGUUUUUUCUUUGUCAUUAUGAGGUAAUGUAUGUAGAUAGAUGAGAAGAGAAAAAAAACAUGUAAUCGAUUUUAGAAUAAGGCUGUAAUGUAACAAAAUGUGGAAAAAGUCAAGGGGUUUGAAUACUUUCUGAAUGCACUGUAUCUAACCAUCUCUCUCUCUCGCCCCAUGACUAGCUCUCUGUCUUUCUCUGGCUAACUACCUCUCUCUCUCUCUCUCUUAAUGAUUGCCUCUCUCUAAUACCAUCCCUCAUGCUCUACCUUCUUUAUUGUUACUCUGACUGUCUCUGUCCUUCUCUCCCUCUCCCUGACACGCCACGACUUUCUCUCUUCUGUCUCUUUUGUUUACUGUCCCUUUUCCCCUCUCACAGGCACCCUUCUCCUCCUCUCAUUCUCUUUCUCACGAUUCCAUUCUUACAAGCCUUAAUUCUCCCUCAUUCUUUCCCCACCUCUCUCCCUAUCUGUCCCUUUCAUUCUAUCUCCUCUCUCCAUUCUCUCUCUCACACACUCUCCUGCCAUCUCUCUCUUUCUGCCUCUCCCCCUCUCUCUCUCCUCAUUGUCAUUCUGCCUUGUGGUUUUGUGAAAUGCCCUACCUGCAUCACUGAGCUUUAGCGGAGAGGGUUGGUCAGCCUGCCCAAACAUAUUAAUUAUUAAUCCUUUAUUUAGCCAAUGCUCUUGUCUCCUCUGGGGCUUUGGGACCCAGCUGAAAUCGCAGAUUAAACUCAACAGGCAACACAGGUUGGGUAUACGCUAACUACUGAUCCAGAGUCAGCUAUUUUUUCACCCAUCGAAUGGGUAUGGUUAUUUGGAGGUAGUGUCAUCUGAUCCUAGAUCUGUGGUUAAGGGAAACUUUUAUCUCAAGCCUGCAGAUUGCUCCCACUUUAGAUAUAAAUACUGACACUCUAUUGAUUGCUGUGAUCUCUAUAUUUUAUUUCGACAAGGAUGUUGAUUAGAUUGAUGAGGCGUCAGUUUAGUUCAAGGUUGCACUGUGUAUGUUGUCAUGAUCGAUCAUCAGCCAAAUAGCUAAGAAACUGUUUGGAACCAUCCUCCCAAAGUUCAUAUUCAUACGGAAGUAUGUCAUAAGGAUGGAGCGUCACAAACAAUAUAUUAUUAAGGUCAGGCACCACAGGCUAAAAUUACAAUUUUGAGAUUUUGAGGUAUUUUGGUCCAUUAAUAUUAGUAUUUUCAAAAAGUAAACGUAAAAAUGUCAAAAAGUUGAUCAAAGUGUAUAUUUUUGUUACUGUAUCAUACUACCGUCAUAAAAAUGUAUUGAAUUGUCACCACUUGUAAAUGGACAUACAUCCAUAACUUCAAAGCUCAUUGAAUCACAUAUAAUUUAAAAGUCAAUUUCAUAGAGAAUGUUACAAACUCAUUAUGUAGUAACUUACUUUGGAGAGAUGGUGAUUGGGUCUAAAUAGGUGUUUGGCAUUUGAUAGUCGAAAUUCAUUGUACUUAUCCUUAACUGCCAUUUUCCGAAAGUCAGCCUCUUCCCACAUGCCAACUCAUUUUUCUCAGCCUCAGAAGCAUCUGUAUUCACCAAAUGUUGUGUGUUAAUCCUUAGACAUAUUCUCCAGACUUACACUUAGGGAAUUGUUGGUAUGUUGUUAAAGUUUUAUUCUGGAUGAUAUUUUCUUUAAGAAAAAAGCUGUCACGCCCUGACUCAGGGGAUUCUUAUAUGUUGAGUCAGGGUGUGUGUAUUCUUUGUUUGUGCAUAUUCUAUGUGGGUUUUCUAGGAUGUGUAGUUCUAUGUUGGCCGGUGUGGUUCCCAAUCAGAGGCAGCUGUCGCUCGUUGUCUCUGAUUGGGGAUCAUACUUAGGCAGCCUAUUGGCACUAGUGGGUUGUGGGAUCUUGUUCCGUAUAAGGUUUGUUGUGUGUUACCUUAGGACUUCACGUGUCGUUGGUUUAUUGUUUUGUUGUGUGUUUAUUCGGUAUAAUAAACAUGUAUGCAUAUCACGCUGCGCCUUGGUCCGUCCCGUCCGUCAACGAGCGUGACAAAAGCUCCCAAAAUGCAUUUUAUGUACCUUUCUUUAGUAUUUUAACGAUAGAAAGAUGGAAAAGUUAUUAUCCAUGAUCUGCUAUUUGUAAGUCCUGGAGUGUCUUAACAAAAUGAAACCUAAAUAUUUAGGCUGACUUCAUCCAGUGUCCAGAAACAUUUAUUUGCGUUCUAUGCAAAUACUGUAAGUGCAUAUUUCAUGAGAUGUAAUUUCAUAUUUUAAUACAAUAUUUCAGAAAAAUUAUAAUACAAAAAAGUAUUAUAUUUGUGUCCACAUUCAACUGGUAAAAGUUGAUUGUGAUAUCAUUAAGGGGGUAUAAUUACCCUAUUAGGGUGUGGUGACUUGCCUUAAACUGUUUAACAAAAAAUCAGCACUCUGCAGCUGGGGGCUAAAAUAGAUCAAAUCUGCUCCAUUUAAAAUAGUGUUUUCUCCCCUCUUUGUCUCAUCUCAGACCAUGCUGACAGCUAUCUCCAUGAGUGCCAUCGCAACAAAUGGAGUGGUGCCAGGUGAGUGUGAAUCACAGACACACCUUGGUGUGUGCAUGCAUGGGAGGUCUGGGUGCCGCAUGGCAAUCCUGUUGUUCUUUCCAACCAAUUAGGUUUUCACGUCUGAUAUUGCUCUGUCUGUGAUAGGACAGGUAAUGCUAGCAUGGUUAAAUCAAAACCACACUGCACUGGCACCCCUACACAGUAUGAAAGUGUUGAAGUGUGAAAGUGUGAAACAUCAGAAACCUUUCUAUUUCUACUCGGAAACUCAUAGAGCCAUGAUACUGUAUAGAAGGUUUUUUUUCCUGAUGACUUAGAGCGAGCUUUAUCUAACAUGCCUAAGCAAUGUCUAUGCAGCACUAUAUUUCUGUUGACUACUACUUCUGCAUAUAGAAGCCCUAAGUCUUUAGACCUUUGUGCAGGCCUGGGGCAUUGAAAACAAUGUUGCAGAGAUAGAACCAAAGAGGAAUGCCAAUGGUUGUUUGUGUGUCUCAGCCGGAGGCUCCUACUACAUGAUCUCCCGUUCCCUUGGCCCUGAGUUUGGCGGAGCUGUCGGAAUCUGCUUUUAUCUGGGGACUACUUUUGCAGGUGCAAUGUACAUCCUUGGUGCCAUCGAACUUCUGCUGGUAAGGAAAUAUGUUUGCUAUUCUUUUAUUGUUUUGUUUGCUAUCUGUUUUGUUUCCCCUGUGCCUUGUCCGGCGUUUAUUUUGGGGCGAGACCACAUGCAACAUUGAUGAAUGCAGAGGGAAGACGUUUGUUCUUCAGAUUGUGGUGAAAUAGAUGAUAAUACUGAAAAUUACCCAUUAAAUACAAUCAAUUAUGUUGAUAUCUUUUCAUUUUAGACAAAUAUUCUUGCAAUUCCUGAGCAAUUUUUCCUUAGAGACAUAAUAUCUCAAUUAUAAUGAAUUAAUCCAGCAAGCUGUCACACUCACAGCAAACUGUUCAUUUGUUAGUGCCUUGUCAUUAUUCAUUACAGUUAUCUGAUUUCUCCAACAUUUGAGAUAAUGUCUGAUUUCUCUUCCCACACCCUCUCCCUCCCUCCUUUUUUCUCCUCAUCCUUUUCUGUCGCUCGCUCCCACUCUCCCUCCGUCCUCGUCCCACCAUCUGUCAUUUUUUAACACACCCUUUCUCUCCCUCCAUCCUAUUCUUACUCUCUCGUCUCUUCCUCUCUCCUUUCCCACCACCUCCCUUUCUUUCUCUCCCUCAUCUUUCCCUUCUCCAGAUUUACAUCCUCCCCCAGGCAGCCAUUUUUAAGAUGGAGGGUCUGGAGGGGGCUGAUAUGGAGGCAGCGAUGCUGAACAACAUGCGUGUAUACGGCACCAUUGUGCUCAGUUUCAUGGCCACGGUGGUGUUUGUGGGGGUGAAAUAUGUCAACAAGCUGGCUCUGGUCUUCCUGGCCUGCGUCAUUCUGUCCAUCCUGGCUGUCUAUGCUGGGGUCAUCAAGACGGCCUUUGAACCCCCUGUUUUCCCGUAAGUUUGACCUGACUGAGCCUUGUGCUCUUUGCAUGCUGGUGUCCUUUACUUUUUACUCUCCCAUCCACAUUGGUGCUUCCUAAAAAUGUUCCUGCUGUUGCUCACUUACACCCAAACCAAUGACCCUCAACAUGGGAGCCCCUCAGGGGUGUGUGCGUAGUCCCCUCCUAUACUCCCUGUUCACUCACGACUGCAUGGCUGCGCACGACUCCAACACCAUCAUUAAGUUUGCUGACGACACAACGGUGGUUGGGCUGAUCACCUACGACGAUGAGACGGCCUAUACGGAGAAGGUCAGUGACCUGGCAGUGUGCGCCAGGACAACAACCUCACCAUUAACAUCAGCAAGACAAAGGAGCUGAUCGUGGACUAAAGGAAACGGAGGGCCGAGCACGCCCCCAUCCACAUUGAUGGGCUGUAGUGGAGCAUGUUGAGAGCUUCAAGUUCCUCAGUGUCCACAUCACUAAGGAAUUAUCAUGGUCCACACACACCAACACAGUCGUGAAGAAGACACGACCACGCCUCUUCCCCCUCAGGAGGACUGAAAAUAGUUAACCAAUUAUAGCUACCCAGACUAUCUGCAUUGACCCUUUUUGCACUAACUUUUUUAACUCAUCACAUAUGCUGCUGCUACUGUUUAUUAUCUAUCCUGUUGCCUAGUCACUUUAUCCCUACCUAUGUGUACAUAUAAAUCUCAAACACCUCGUACCCCUGCACAUCGACUCCUUACUGGUACGCGUGUAUAUAGCCAAGUUAUCGUUACUCAUUGUGUAUUUAUUCCUCAUGUUAUUAUUUCUCUAUUAUUUAUGUUGUUUCUCUCUGUAUUGUUGGGAAGGGCUCGUAAGUAAGCAUUUCACUGUUAGCCUACACCUGUUGUUUACGAAGCAUGAGACAAAUACAAUUGUAUUUUAUUUUAUUUGACCGGCCACGUUGCGUGCGUGAGCGUUGCAAAAUAAAUGGACUUGUACAUGUUAUUCAAUAAUUUCAUCCACACUGCUCGCGCGAGUCUGCAGAACCAGGCGCUAAAAUAGAACUUGGUUCUGUUUGAGACGCUUGACACACUGCAAGUCCCGCCUCUCCCAUCUACUCAUUGGUUUUCAGGAGCAUACAUCCCCACGUGGGUAUUUGAAAGAUGAAUGAAGCGAUAUUAAUCAUAGAUAACUAACUUUUGUCUGUGGAUUAACACUAGAAGCGCUGAGAGCAUCGUUUUGAGGUUGUAUGAAUUUAACGUUUUAAUUACUCUGCCAUUGUCAAAGUCAUGUCCCCCAUCCUUGACUUUUCCUAAAUAAGUAUAUUCAACACACUGUCGUAUUUUGAAUUUUUAUUUCACAAACAGUUUGUGUUAUAAGCAGAUUUAGGAGGACAUGUCAUUUUUCCCCCUGCCCUGCUUUCACCAGUUGGCUGCCAUCUGACAAUGGCCCAUCGAAACUACACCUAAACUAUAUAAAAAGAAAUGUAACACAUAGGCCUAUAAUAAUAGAUGUAGCCUAAAGGCAAGAUCAAAUUUACAAUAGUCUCCUUGGGUGACAAUAUUAUAAAUUGCCUUGUGAAUGAAGAGACAGCAGAACAGCUUGGGUAAUUGAUAAAGAAGGGAACAGAGCUUACCAAAAAGCAACUUUUUAAAAUCAUCCUUCAUGCAGGUAAGACGUUUUGAUAUUUACAUUUACGUCAUUUAGCAGACGCUCUUAUCCAGAGCGACUUACAGUUAAUGCAUACAUUAUUCUUUUUUAUUUUCAUACUGGCCCCCCGUGGGAAUCGAACCCACAACCCUGGCAUUGCAAACGCCAUGCUCUACCAACUGAGCUACCUCCCUGCCGGCCAUUCCCUCCCCUACCCUGGACAACGCUGGGCCAAUUGUGCGCCGCCCCACAUCAUAAAACUAUAAUAUUCUGUUAUUUUGAAAUACAAUUUAUUCAUUUUUUUAUAUUUCUAAACACUUCCCUUAACAAAAUAGUAAUGCAUCUCUUUGUGAUGGUGUAUAACACUUGAAUUGUGGUGGUUUUUACAGUAACAUAAACUAAGGUGUGGUCCUCUGUAGCUCAGCUGGUAGAGCACGGCGCUUGUAACGCCAAGGUAGUGGGUUCGAUCCCCGGGACCACCCAUACACAAAAAAUGUAUGCACGCAUGACUGUAAGUCGCUUUGGAUAAAAGCGUCUGCUAAAUGGCAUAUUAUUAUUAUUUAUUAUUAUAAGGAAAUAUUUUUUUCGUAUUCUAAUGUAUUCUAAUAUUCUAACCCUCAUAAACACAACCAAAUGAUAUUUUUUUUCAAUAGCAUAUAUGACAUGUAUUUAUUAGACUGUUAGAAUGCAUUGGCUCAGAACGCGUUGCUCGAUGCCCAGCUUUUCUAGUGUUAAUAGUCGGAGUAGAGAAACACACAAAUUCUUCAAAGAUCCAGUUAAAAAAAAAAAAGACCAAAUGCAUUUCAGGUAAAAUAACAACACAACAUUCAUCUCCCAGGACAAAUUAGCUAGCAAUAGCAAGCUAGCAAAAUGUCAAUGAAUGUUUCAUGUGUGUUUUGACAUGCCCCCAAAUUAAUAUAGUUGGUUCACAGUUGGUUUUGAUAUUUUAACCUGCGUAUUAUGACCGCGUCUGGUAUGGAUGGCAAAAUCAACAUAGGCGCGUGUGGCGGGUGUAGUCAGCACGUUAGGGACAGUUUGAAAAUGACUGUGGAGGGGUGGUCCAACUCGAGGUGCCAUAAAAAAAAAUGCACCCCCCUCCCCAAUGUUACAAAUAUUUUCACUUGACCCCCCCCCCCCAACUUUGGGUGCUUCAUACCAACUUCAGGUGCUUCAACAUCAUGGUUUGCGUUUUCAACACCAUAAUCAAAUAGACUAUGUUAAUAUCGACAAACAGAAAAUGAAUCCAUCCCUACCUUGUACCCAGUAUCGAAGGUUUGGCUUGACAAUCUCCGAAUGUCAUUAAACCUUUUGGUGUUUUAUAGCAGAUGUCUCUUUCCAUGGCGUGGCCGGUGCACAGUUUGGAUGCUGGAAUUAUAUUUUUGACAAAUGUGUGCAGGUAGCCUACAGGACUCAUUUGAAGUAGCCUAAUCAGAUUAGAACAUUGUGACUUAAUAUAUAGUUAAAUUACAAAUAUUUAGGCUGUACUGAAGCGUUAGGUUCUAGGUGUGUGAGGAUUAGCCACUCGGAUUGGAGAAGAGGCAGAGUGAGUGUUAAGCUUUCCUGAAUAACUGGGCCUGCUGGGAGCAUACAGCACCUUCGGAAAGUAUUCAGGCCCCUUGACUUUUUUCACAUUUUGUUAGGUUACAGCCUUCUUCUAAAAUUGAUUAAAUGGCUUUUUUCCUCAUCAAUCUACACACAAUACCCAAUAAUGACAAAGCAGAAAAAGGUUUUUAUAAAUUGUUGCUAAUUUAUAUUUACAAAAAAACUGAAAUAUCACAUUUACAUAAGUAUUCAGACCCUUUACUCAGUACUUUGUUGAAGCACCUUUGGCAGCGAUUAUAGCCUCGAGCCUGCUUGGGUAUGAUGCUACAAGCUUGGCACACCUGUAUUUGGGGAGUUUCUCCCAUUCUUCUCUGCAGAUCCUCUCAAGAUCUGUCAGGUUGGAUGGGGAGCGUUGCUGUCUCUUCAGAGAUGUUCGAUCGGGUUCAAGUCCGGGCUCUGGCUGGGCCACUCAAGGACAUUUAGAGACUUGUCCUGAAGCCACUCCUGUGUUGUCUUGGCAGGUCGUUGUCCUGAUGGAAGGUUGAACCUUUGCCCCAGUCUGAGGUCCUGAGCGCUCUGGAGCAGGUUUUCAUCAAGGAUCUCUCUGUACUUUGCUCUGUUCAUCUUUGCCUCAAUCCUGACUAGUCUCCCAGUCCCUGCUGCUGAAAAAAAUCUCCACAGCAUGAAGCUGCCACCACCAUGCUUCACCGUAGGGAUGGUGCCAGAUUUCCUCCAGACGUGACACUUGGCAUUCAGGCCAAAGAGUUCAAUCUUGGUUUCAUCAGACCAAUCAUCUACGCUGAUUGAAGUGGGUUUAACAAGUGACAUCAAUAAGGGAUCAUAGCUUUCACCUGGAUUCACCUGGUCAGUCUAUAUCAUGGAAAGAGCAGGUUCAUAAUGUUUUGUACACUCAGUAUAGAUGACUGGGUUGUAGAGGGCAGCACUUUUGGCAAAGAAGGCUGGGAUGGUCAUCAUGACAUGGCUGAAGUUGGUGCCCUGGUUGGCAAAGAUGUACCAGGCCACGGUGGCAUAGGGCAUCCAGCAUACCAGAAAUGAGAUGACCAUGACGAUCACCAUAUGGGUCACUUCCUUCUCUGCCCUCUGAGUGGUCUACGACUCCUGCUGUAGGGCUGCCGCCUGAAUGGACGGACACACACACUGAGUACUUUGAUAUGAGCCCUAACUGGAGAUAUAGUAGUCCUGUGUAUAUAGUACUAGUCCCCCCCCCCCCCCCCCCCCCCCAGUAAUCGAAUCCGCAUUAGGGGAAACAGUGACCCUGUUCACCCCAGUGCAUUUGUUAUUAUUUUUGUUUUGUUGCUGAAAACGGUAGAGAGGAGCAUUCGGCCGCGUGGUAAAAUAAAUUGCAGUGCAUAUUCUGCUGUCCUAGUGCAAUGAUGUCUGAGGGGAAAAAAUAAUGUUUGUUGUUUGCAGUAACUUCUUUGUUGUUGUAAUAUCCCAAAUGGAGUUUCACCAGUUAAGGAUUCCAGCUUUAAAGCUUUCGGAGCUUUACAAACCAAACCAACAAAGCCACGAUGACCUUGUCUCUAGCCAUAAGCUCAAAGCUACCAGCGGAUUCUGAUUUGUUUGUUUAAUGUUUACUUCAUUUACUCAAUCAAGCCAUGAGCCUUGCAUAUAUCUGUUGAUUUCUGUUAUGCUUUCCCCAACCUCUAAAUAAAUCAGGAGCUAAUGAUGAUGUCAUGUCUGUCCUCCCCCUACAGCGUGUGUAUCCUGGGGAACCGCACUCUGAUCUCCAAGGGAUUUGACGUUUGUGCCAAGGUCAUUGAGCGGGACAACGGCACGGUCACCACCAAACUGUGGAAGAUUUUCUGUGACUCCGAGUUCCUCAAUGCUACCUGUGACGAAUACUUUGCCAACAACAAUGUUUCUGAGAUCCAGGGCAUCCCAGGGGUCAGCAGUGGUAUACUGGCUGGUAAGAGGUGCCCAUGCAUAUUGAAUACACAGCGGUGCGAAUCACCUCAAGAUAAAAACAUAAUAUUCAAUAUCAGUAAGUUAGACUAAAUAUUAGCGGGUAAUAACAUUAAAUCUGGAUAAUAACACAAAACAAAUCAUAAGGCUAGAGAAAUGUAUUGACAAAUAUUACAACAACAAGCAACACCCAAACAUGACGGAAGAUAAACGAGGAUAAUCAAUCUCCAAGAGAAAACGCGACUCCUCCACUGACACAGAUGAUUUAUGGUUUUCACCACUCGGACUGGUAAGUGUGGAAAGCAAUCUGUUGAAGUCGAUAAAUGACAAACUGGGCAUACUAGAGUUGGUCAGUAAUGAUGUAAAAGAGUUGAAGGCGAGUGUUGAAAUGAGUGACGAAAAAGCUGUGAUAAUGGAGAAUGAUACAAAAAAACUAAAAGGGACAGUCACUAAGAUAGAAACGGACGUUAAAGAACUUAAAAAGGAGAACAACUUUCUGAGAGAAGCCUUACUAGACAUACAAACUAGAUCAAUGAGAGAAAAUCUAGUACUUAUGGGUAUCCAAGAAAAAGAAGGAGAGGUUACCGAAAAAAUUGUGAAGGACUUCAUUCUUACAGCGCUUCAAAUCUCACUCGAGGCUGUCGAUAAAAUCCAACACAAACGUGUACACCGUUUUGGACAAAGAGGACAGAGAUAUGAGCGUCCAAUUGUUGCCAAAUUUGCUUUCUUUAAGGAUAAAGUAAUGGUUAAAAGCCUAGGUAAAAGACUUGCUGGAACGAAAAUAGGCAUGAAUGAUCAGUUCCCGAGGGAGAUUACAGAACGGCGCAAAGUUCUGUACCCAAUCUUCAAGGAAAAUAGAUUAAAAGGAAGCGUGUUGCUCUAGUUGUCGAUAAACUGUAUAUUGACAACUAAAUGUUCCGUGACACAAAGACUACUCCAUGGCUAUUCUGAAAGUUCUAAUAGAGGAGUCGAAUAAUGGAACACCCAAUACUAGCCAUGGUAGGGCUUGUAAUAAUAAAGCAUAUUUAUAGUAUUUUAUAAAGGGAUAAGACGGUAUUACAAGAAAAGAUAACAAGCAAAAUAAUACAUCUUCAAAUACAACUAAUUAGAACACAAGUACUCAAUCAACAUAGUGGAGAUAAAAACAUAGCAACCAGAAGACAUAGAAGGCACAGUAUGUGGGAAUGUGUGGAUGUAUUGUGAUGGAAGGUGUGGUGUGCGUUUUUGUGUUUGGAAAAGUGUGGCGUUAAGUGAGUGAGAAAGGAAAUGGUUGCUUUCAAUUUUGUGCAGAUGAGGGAUAUACAUAUAGGAUGACUCACAAUAAUUGUUUGCUAAAAUAAUAAUUGCUUGACAAAAAUGUAAUGUAAUACAAUGGCAAUCCGGGUUAUAGGUACCAAUCCUAUGCAUUAACUGCCGACAUUAUUACGCAUAUUAAUUGAUAAUGAUGGAAAUUAAGAUAUGUAAGAUAUUUGAAUAGAUGUAUAUUUUUAAAUAGCUAUACAGUGAGGGAAAAAAGUAUUUGAUCCCCUGCUGAUUUUGUACGUUUGCCCACUGACAAAGACAUGAUCAGUCUAUAAUUUUAAUUGUAGGUUUAUUUGAACAGUGAGAGACAGAAUAACAACAAAAAAAUCAAGAAAAACGCAUGUCGAAAAUGUUAUAAAUUGAUUAGCAUUUUAAUGAGGGAAAUAAGUAUUUGACCCCUCUGCAAAACAUGACUUAGUACUUGGUGGCAAAACCCUUGUUGGCAAUCAGAGGUCAUACGUUUUGAAGUUGACCACCAGGUUUGCACACAUCUCAGGAGGGAUUUUGUUCCACUCCUCUUUGCAGAUCUUCUCCAAGUCAUUAAGGUUUCGAGGCUGACGUUUGGCAACUCGAACCUUCAGCUCCCUCCACAGAUUUUCUAUGGGAUUAAGGUCUGGAGACUGGCUAGGCCAUUCCAGGACCUUAAUGUGUUUCUUCUUGAGCCACUCCUUUGUUGCCUUGGCUGUGUGUUUUGGGUCAUUGUCAUGCUGGAAUACCCAUCCACGACCCAUUUUCAAUGCCCUGGCUGAGGGAAGGAGGUUCUCAUAUAUAUAUUUGCGAGGAAAAAAACAUAUGGGGGAUUGGAAGUGAUGCAGACAAUUACAUUGAUGGAAGUUACAAUCUAUCUGCAAUAUUAAAGCUGAUCUACCCCCUAAAAAAUUAAAAAUAAAGAAGAGGUGCCCAUUCAGAACGUAUUGUAAUCUAAUGUAGUUUGUAGUAUAGAGAUGUAUUGGUACUCCACAAGAGGUAUGUAAUUGUUAUGAUGUGCAUCUCGCUCUCGCUCUCGCUCUCGCUCUCGCUCUCGCUCUCGCUCUCGCUCUCGCUCUCGCUCUCGCUCUACUCUCUUUCUCUCUCGCUCUCUCUCUCUCUCUAUUCUCUCUUUCUCUCUCACAGAGAACCUGUUUGGUUACUACCUGGAGAAGGGAGAUUUCUUGGAGAAGCGGGGGAUCUCUGCCAUGCAGGAUCCUGACGCUCUCAUCACUAACUCCAACCGUUACGUCCUGGCUGACAUCACCAGCUUCUUCACCCUGCUGGUGGGGAUCUACUUCCCCUCUGUCACAGGUCAGUCACUACUCGGUUACGGGUCAGUCACUGGGUCAAGGGUCAGGGGUCACUACUGAGGACGGACUAGGUCAAUCUUAUCCCAAAAGGACAGUAUAGGUACAGGCUUUUGUUUCAGCCAAGCAGUAACAGACCUGAUUUAUCUAAUAACCUAUAUUAAGUUAUUAUAAUUACAUGUAAACAUCUUACCUAGGGCGGCAGGUAGCUUAGUGGUUAAGAGCGUUGUGCCAGUAACCGAAAGGUCGCUAGUUCUAAUCCCCGAGCCGACUAGGUGAAAAAUCUGUCGAUGUGCCCUUGAGCAAGGCACUUAACCCUAAUUGCUCCUGUAAGUCGCUCUGGAUAAGAGCGUCAGCUAAAUGACCAAUUAUUUAUUAUAAUUAUUAUUACCUUAUGAAUUCAAAGUAAAUACCAGAUCAAAAACACCACCUGUUGUAAUAUCCACUUUAUGGUGACAAAUAGUUCCAUGAGAGUCUCUCCACAGUCCCAAAUGCAUAGAGAGAGAGAGAGAGAGAGAAAGAAAUACAUUCCACAACUGAUGACACUAGAGGAGCUGAACAGGGCGAAUUGAGAGGAAGUCGAAUUUCUGCCAAAAACCACAUCAGCAGAAAGUCUGGGGAAUACAUGAGUCACAUUCCCACUAUCAUCCCACUGGCAUAACGGCUGAAUAAAAUGCCCAUUGUAUAUGAACAUUUGCUCUGUGACAUACAGUAUAUAUAUAUACACAGUUGCUACAAGUAAAGGAUGAGUUUUGUUAAGGUGUUUUAUUGAAAAUGCUGUUAGUUUUUUUGUUGGGCCUCCACUUUUUCACUUGUGAAAAUGUGCACCACUUAAUUCGAGAAAGCACUUCCUAAAGCAGUAUAAUGAAGAAAGUAAAACGUGUGAAACAGAGGACAAGCCAUUUCACAUCAAGUGUGAAGGAUGGGAAUUAGUCCUGUUUAAUCCUGUUUAUCUCUGUUCCUCUGUCUCCCAGGCAUCAUGGCUGGCUCCAACCGCUCUGGAGACCUGCGUGAUGCCCAGAAGUCCAUCCCCAUAGGCACCAUAGCAGCCAUCACCACUACUUCUAUAGUGUGUAUCCUUUACUUAAGCAAUAACGCCCCAUGGGGUUUGGUAGAUGGCCACGGCUUUCAGCCAAUCAGCAUUCAGGGCUCGAACCACCCGGUUUAUAAUACAGUAUAUACAGUGCAUUCGGAAUGUAUUCAGACACCUUGACUUUUUCCACAUUUUGUUACGUUACAGGCUUAGUAUAAAAUGGAUUAAAUCUGGGGGUUUUCUCAUCAAUCUACACACAAUACCCCAUAAUGACAAAGGAAAAACAGGUUUUUAGACAAUUUUGCAAGUUUAUUACAAAUAAAAAACGUAAAAAUACAUUUACAUAAGUAUUCAGACCCUUUACUCAGUACUUUGUUAAAGCACCUUUGGCAGUGAUUGUAGCCUCUAGCCUGCUUCUGAAUGAUGCUACAAGCUUGGCACACCUGUAUUUGGGGAGUUUCUUCCAUUCUUCUCUGCAGAGCCUCUCAAGCUCUGUCAGGUUGGAUGGGGCUCGUCGCUGCUCAACUAUUUUCAGGUCUCUCCAGAGAUGUUAGAUCGGGUUCAAGUCCGGGCUCUGGCUGGGCCACUCAAGCACAUUCAGAAAAGCCACUCCUGUGUUGUCUUGGCUGUGUGCUUAGGGUCGUUGUCCUAUUGGAAGGUGAAUCUUCGCCCUAGUCUGAGGUCCUGAGCGCUCUGGAGCAGGUUUUCAUCAAGGAUCUCUCUGUACUUUGCUCCGUUCGUCUUUCCCUUGAUCCUGCCUAGUCUCCCAGUACCUGCUGCUGAAAAACAUCCCCACAGCAUGAUGCUGCCACCACCAUGCUUUACCGUAGAGAUGGUGCCAGGUUUCCUCCAGAUGUGACGCUUGGCAUUCAGGCCAAAGAGUUCAAUCUUGGUUUCAUCAGACCAGAGAAUCUUGUUUCUCAUGGUCUGAGAGUCCUUUAGGUGGCUUUUGGCAAACUCCAAGCGGGCUGUCAUGUGCCUUUUACUGAGUAGUGGCUUCUGUCUGGCCACUCUACCAUAAAGGCCUGAUUGGUGGAGUGCUGCAGAGAUGGUUGUCCUUCUUGAAGGUUCUCCUAUCUCCACAGACGGACUCUGGAGGUCUGUCAGAGUGACCAUCGCGUUCUUGGUAACCUCCCUGACCAAAGCCCUUCUCCCCCAAUUGCUCAGUUUGGCUGGGCAGCCAGCUCUAGGAAGAGUCUUGCUGGUUCCAAACUUCUUCCAUUUAAGAAUGAUGAAGGCCAAUGUGUUCUUGGCGACCUUCAAUGUUGCUGACAUUUUUUGGUACCCUUCCCCAGAUCUGUGCCUCGACACAAUCCUGUCUCUGAGCUCAACGUACAAUUCCUUCGACCUCAUGGCUUGGUUUUUGCUCUGACAUAUACUGUCAACUGUGGGACCUUAUAUAGACAGGUGUGUGCCUUUCCAAAUCAUGUCCAAUCAAUUGAAUUCACCACAGGUGGACAACAAUCAAGUUGUAGAAACAUCUCAAGGAUGAUCAAUGGAAACGGGAUGUACCUGAGCUCAAUUUCAAGUCUCUUAGCAAAGAGUCUGAGUACUUAUGUAAAUAAAGUAUUUCUGUUUUUUAUUUGUAAUACAUUUGCAAACAUUUAUAAAAACAAGUUUCCACUUUGUCAUUAUGGGGUAUUGUGUGUAGAUUAAUGAGGAAACAUUUUUAUUUAAUCAAUUUUAGAAUAAGGCUUUCUCAGGGACUACUGACGAUAAUACACUGGAAUAUUAACUAUACUUUGUUUGAUGUUUGAAUAAACAAUAUGAAGCAUUUGAUCCUUUAUUUAGGUUUAGGUUUCUUUGAGCUUUUGUAAAUGCUUAGCUAACUUUGUUUGGGAGACAGUCUGCGUGUGUAUUCCUUCACUGCUUCUCUCAGACAUGUCUGCCGUGGUCCUGUUUGGGGCCUGUAUUGAAGGGGUGGUCCUGAGGGACAAGUGAGUCAUUAAUAUUCCUAUAUACAUCCACUGCCUAGUGAAAGUCUACAACCUCUUGCAGUCUUCACAUUUUGCUGCCUUAAAUUAAAACUAAAAAGGGAUUACAUUAGAUUUGUUUUACAGAUCUAAACAACCUACGCCACAUUUUCAAAGUGAAAUAAUUGUUCAAUAAUAAAUGUCUAGAUUGCAUAUGUUUUCACACCCUAGAGUUAAUACUUGAUGGAAGCAGCUUUGGCAGCCAUUACAGAUGUGAAUAAUUUUGAACAAGAUUCUACCAACUUUGCACAACUUUUAGCGCAAUAUGUAUCCAUUGUUUUUGUUAAAAUUGCUCAAGCUCAGUAAAUUUGGUUGGGAAUCAUUGAUGGACAGCAAUAUUCAAACCUUGUCUCUGAUUUUCAAGUAGAAGUGAGGACUGAGACUGGACCAUUCAGGAAACCUCACCACCUCUUGGAAAGCCAUUCUGGUGUGACUUUGGCAUUAAAAUGUGUAUAAUUGUCUUGCUGAAAAAUAAAACUCUAUCCCAGGGUUAGGUGACUUAUUACCUGGGCUUUGCUCCAUAUUAACUCUGGGGCAUGAAGACAUACGCAAUCAAUACAUAACGUUUUUAUUAUUAUGCAAAAAUUGAUUUUUAUUUCAUUUUGACAAUGUGGAGUAGGUUGUACAGAUCGGUAUGAAAAAAUAUAUAAUUUAAUCCAUUUUUAAAUGUAAUUUUAAGGCAGCAAAAUGUGAAGACUGUGCAAGGGGUCUGUAGACUUUCACUAGCGACUGUAACUAGCAUCGCUGCCUCGUGAGUCAUGCCCAUCACAAGAUCAAUACUCCCACUAAUUGUCUAUGUAAUCAGAUACAAAACAUAGAAUAACAAAUAACUUUCAAAAGACUAAGAAUCCAACAAACAGUUGUGUACACUGAAUUUAUUAUGCAAUGGACGAGGCCAGUUGUUAUAGCAAAAACAUUCAUUGAAAAAUGCAGCUUAGAAAUCUGUCACUCUGACCUCAGGUUUGGUGAGGGGGUGAACGGUAACCUUGUGAUUGGUACGUUGGCUUGGCCAUCACCAUGGGUCAUCGUGAUUGGAUCCUUCUUCUCCACCUGUGGGGCGGGGCUUCAGAGUUUGACUGGAGCGCCACGCCUCCUGCAGGCCAUUUCUCGCGAUAGCGUCAUCCCUUUCCUUAAAGUGAGUACAUACACACACACAUUCAUAUCAAGGCAAUUAAAACACACUUGCACACACACACUAGCACAUCUAUUUCUUGGAGUGGUGAAUCAGCGAACAUGCACACACAACAUUGGUAAUGAUCUGUAUAGUAAAUAUACUGUAUACUAUUACCAGAACCACAGCUACUACUGUUUAAUACCACAGAGAGAAUUUAUAUGUUUGUUCAGAGCAAUGUAGGUCCACUCUAUUCAAAUACCUCUCAAGUGUGUAGGAGCUAGCAGUGAUUACUUAUGCAUGGCCCUACUAUAGUCCAGGCUCAGGUUGACUUGCUGGGAUGGGAGCUGUCUUUACCCCCCCUGCCAAACCCACUGUCUGCAGCGUGUGGGUAGAUAGUGAUUAAUCACCCUGCAGCAGGGACCAGUGUGACCUGAAUGAGAGAAAAAGAGGCGCUGAAACUCCUACAGUCCACUCAACUUUUUACUACAAUAUGCUGUGAUUUAGGUUCAGGUGUGCGUGUGUGUGUGCGUGCAUGCUUUCAAGCGUAUGUGCAGGUGUGUGUGUGUGUGUGUGUGUGUGUGUGUGUGAGUGUAUGUUAAUAGUUCAUUGUAUCUCACUGUUGUGUGUUGUCUGUAGGUGUUUGGGCAUGGCAAGGCCAAUGGAGAGCCUACCUGGGCCCUGCUUCUCACAGCCAGUAUCUGUGAGAUUGGCAUAAUCAUCGCUUCUCUGGACGCUGUUGCCCCCAUCCUCUCCAUGUAAGACAACCACACGUCUAAUAUUAACUGUGCUUCACCUUAAACACACUAUGGAGAUGGUUAUGUCUUGGUAGCAAGUACAGCUGUUCUGACUGAGUUCUUCUUUUUGUCUGUGUAGGUUCUUCUUGAUGUGCUACAUGUUUGUCAACCUGGCCUGUGCCCUGCAGACUCUGCUGAGAACCCCCAACUGGAGGCCUCGCUUCAAGUUCUACCACUGGUGAGUUGAACAACUCAACAUAGCAGACAUAGCUCUAGAUCUUAGCCAUGGGAUCAUCACCAAAUAGUGCUAAUAUUCUCAGGUGUGAAACAGUCUACUAUAGCAUUUAUGUCUGGCACGGGAUAUCUGGCCAGGCCAGGUAGGUUUCUGUUAGGAAGCUGUUAUUUACCUGAUUAGUCUGCCAGAGACACUGUGGGGAUCUGGAGCCUGUCUUAGCCUAUAUUAAUCCUCUAUUGGCAAAACCACAACAACAGCAGACAGAGAGACAAGAUUUCCUGUCUCCAAUCUCUGGCCAUUAUUAUGAUCAGUAAGUGGUGUGACUCUAGCAGCAUCAAGCAACAGACUGAGGAUGUGACUUCCUGUCCCUCUGCCCCACAGGGCUCUCUCCUUCCUGGGCAUGAGCUUGUGUCUGUCACUCAUGUUCAUCUGUUCCUGGUACUACGCCAUUGUUGCCAUGGUGAUCGCUACCUGCAUCUACAAAUACAUUGAGUUCGCUGGGUGAGUGAGCUUCCAGUCCUUGGAGAAUAACCUUGGACUACAAAGCAGAGAAAAGUUGCAACUAAUAAAUAAUAUAUCCCUUCAAAUUGGGUUUUUCCUAGAGCCAAGACCCGUAACAGACUUGCCUGAGUCUAGCGAGAAAAGCUGUCUUUCUCCGUUUUCUUUGCAAUUUAUCCUGAUUCUGGUUAUCAAGUUGUAUUAACUUAGUGACACUCAUUAAUGUGGCUGCUUUGAGAAAAACAGGGAGUUACAUUGAUGUACCAGCACUGUUGUUAUUCUCACACAUGCGCCAUCCAAAAAUACAUUUAAAUGAAAUAUAAAUAAAACUGGAGAUUUUCAAAUACAAUGGUUAAACACUGUUCGGAUGUUCUUAUAUUCAUUAGUAACUCACACUCACAGGCUAUUAAACCCACACACUAAGUAUCAGUGAACAUUUCAGUUCAUUAAUGGUUGAUUGAAUCUAACUCUGCUCGGUGGUGUGUGACAGGGCGGAGAAGGAGUGGGGAGAUGGUAUACGUGGCAUCUCGCUCAGCGCUGCUCGCUUCGCCCUCAUGAGGCUGGAGGAGGGACCGCCUCACACCAAGAACUGGAGGUCAGUGAUUCACAGAGGCUAAAUGCCAUCUACUCACAUCUAUAAAAUACACUUAUAUUAUUGCACAAGCUUUAUUCAUCACCUGUAUCAUACUGAACUCAAGGGAAAUGUAUUUGUUUGUAGGUAACUCACUCAUAUUCAAGUAUGUUCAAAAACAGACAUUACAUCAACGGGCCAUGACUUAUGGCGGUUUCCAGCUUUAGUUACUUUCUCUGUAAGUCUGACUGUGACUGAAUGUUGAUAUUGCUGCUGGUUAGGCCUCAGAUCAUGGUGCUGGUGAGUGUGGAUGCAGAACAGAAUGUGGAGCAGCCCCGUCUGCUGUCCCUGACCAAUCAGCUGAAAGCAGGAAAAGGCCUGACCAUCGUGGGUACCUCGGUGGUCGGCACAUUCCUCAACAACCAUGCAGAGGCCCAGAAGACAGACCAGGUCAGUACUGUCUUAGACACACACACAGACACACACACACACUGAUGAAUCAUUGAUGAAUCAUUUAUAACACGCUGGUCUCUGCCCCUGCACCUCUCCCACUGUGUGCUCCAGUCUCUGAGGAAGCUGAUGGAGACAGAGAAGGUGAAGGGUUUCUCCCAGGUGGUGAUCUCCUCCAACCUGAGGGAUGGAACCUCCCACCUGAUCCAGGUCGGUGGGCUGGGAGGCUUGAAGCACAACACUGUGCUGGUCAGCUGGCCACGCACCUGGAAACAGGCUGAGGACAACCUGCGCUUCAGGAACUUCAUUGGUGAGUUAAAGAAGUGGUUAGAGGAGAGGUUUUUCCAUAGGCUAAGUAUGCUUUGGAUGGGUUUGUGUGUUAUCAUCAUUACAUGAUAACUCCUGUUCAAUCUAUUUGUAGAGGUGGUUAGGGAGACGACUGCAGCCAGCAUGGCCCUGCUGGUCCCUAAGAACAUCGCUGCCUACCCGUCCAACGGGGAGCGCUUCACUGAAGGCCACAUUGAUGUGUGGUGGAUCGUCCAUGAUGGAGGCAUGCUGAUGCUGCUGCCUUUCCUUCUGCGCCAGCACAAGGUGGGAACCAACGGCCCUGUUUGGAUCCCAUUUGGGGAUUUGGAGAGAAAGCACAUCCCACUGGGCACAGACAUCAAUUCAACGUCUGUUCCACGUUGGUUCAACGUAAUUUCAUUGCAAUGAACUUCCUUGUGUUGACAGGUGUGGAGGAAGUGUAAGAUGCGCAUCUUCACAGUGGCCCAGAUGGACGACAACAGCAUCCAGAUGAAGAAAGACCUGAUCACCUUCCUGUAUCACCUGCGUAUCGAUGCCGAGGUCGAGGUGGUGGAAAUGGUGAGAGACAAAAAUGUAAAACUAUUAUAUGCUCCAUAAGGUGAUUUAUUGGUGAGAGCAAUACCAGUUCAGUCGAAUACUGUGCAUUGAUGUAUGUUUUAACACCCAUUUCCCUUUUUAGCAUGACAGUGACAUCUCAGCCUAUACAUAUGAGAAGACUUUAGUGAUGGAGCAACGCUCACAGAUCCUCAAACAGAUGCACCUCACCAAAAACGAGAUGGAGAGAGAGGUAAGCCCUGACACAUUCCACGUAAUAUGUACAGUAUAACUCAUACAUAGGUAAUUGAGUAUGAUUUUAUAAUAUCAGUGUAGUUGUUAGCGAACAGCAAAAAAAGCCAUAGUGUCCAAAAGAAAGCUCCUAUGUAGUUUAUCUAACACCUGCCAUUACCACUUCGUUUGAAUUGAACAAUGCCCUGAAGUUUGUUUUGCUAUUCUCUACCUUCAAACAAAUUGUUAUUUGUAUUGAGCCAGCCAUCAUCACUCACUCAAUUUGAAAUGUCAGCAACAGGGCAAGGCAGCAAGUGAAUGAUUAUAAUUACUGAGCUAUUUUGAAAAUGUAAUCUCUGUGUCUGCACUUGCCCAGUUUGAUCUGUCUCAUUAAUCAAGAAAGCAGACUGAGCAACAAUAACAUCUCAGGGAACCUAAGAUAACGCGUGAGGAUUUACAGAACAACCUGUGUGAUCUUACUGUCAUGAGCCUCUCACUCCACCGGGUUACCACCUUAAUUUUCUUCCACUCUGCUCACCACUCUCUCUACUCAGCCUAACUAGCUCCACCUGUCCCUGCUCUGCUCUGCUCUAAUUACUCUGCCAGCUGCGCUGCAUUACCCACUACCUCUCCCAGUAUUUAAGGCCCUGUCUUUCAGCUCUCCGGUGUCAGAUCGCCUGCAAAGCUCACACCCGGAACCUGUUUGCUCGCGCUUCUGGCUCACCCUGGUUUUGUGACCCCGGACCUGCCUGAAUUUUUGGAUACUCUUCUGCCCCAGGAGAUCCAGACCUGCUUCUGCCAUAACGACUCCUGACUACUCUUCAAUCCCGGUAACUCUGACCAGCCUUCUGCCUUGCUACUACGUAUUUUGGAUUUCCCUUGAACUGUACUGCUGCCUUGUUUCAUUCCGCCCUGUUGUGUCUGUGUCUCCCCCCCCCAGGACUUCUGGACCACCCACCACCGGCUUCAUAGGACGCAUCGCUGCCACUGGGGGGGGCACAGACCCAGCACAUUGGACGGGAUCCCUGUUACCCCUGGAGCCUUCAUUCACUCCCUACUUCCCUUUUCCCUUAAGUUUUAAUAAACUUUCUGGUGUGACGCAAUUGUGGUCCUCUGGUCGUCUGUCUGAACCGUGACAGUACGAUCUGACCAUUAUGGACUCAGCGCACACUUUCCCCGACAUGGAAACCGAUGAGCAUGAGCAGCAGUUCCAGCAGCAGCAACAACAACUCGCCAUGAUCAUUCAACUCCUCACCAACCUUACCCCAGCCAGUCUGCCCACCAGCCCUGCCCCCGAGUUACCUGCCCCGGUCAUUGCAGCCGCUGCUCCGGAACCCAAGAUUGGAAACCCCGAGCGGUUCAACGGCGAUUCAACCCAGGUCCGGCCAUUCCUGACUAGCUGCCGACUUCAGUUCUCCUUGCAGCCAAGGACCUUCGCCACGGAGGGGGCUAAAGUUGGGUAUGCCAUCACUCACCUGACGGGCCGAGCUCGACUCUGGGGAACAGCAGAGUUCGAACGUCAAACCCCCGCAUGUGCAACCUUCGACCUGUUUGCUGAGGAGAUGCUGAAGGUGUUUGACCUGGAUUCACCAACCGCAGAGGCGUCUCGUGAACUGUUCAGUAUUCGACAAGGCAGACGUACAGUCGCAGACCAUUCCAUCGACUUCCGAACCCUGGCUAGACGAAGUUCUUGGCACACACCAUCGUUGGUGGACGCGUUCUUCCAUAGUUUGGCUGACUAUAUCAAGGACGAGUUGGUCUCCCAUGAACUGCCUUCCACUCUUGAUGAAGCCAUCGCACUGACUGUCAGGAUCGACAGAAGGAUACAGACCCGUCGUCGUGAGAGGGGGCGCCAAGGUCCACCUACUACCGGCAUUCGGAGAGAUCCGACUGGGCUCCUGUCAUCUACUGCCACUCACCCAGGUCAGCUUGAUCAGUCUGAGCCUAUGGAGAUUGGGCGAGCCUCUCUCACUCCUGCAGAGCGCCAGCGCCGCUUCACCUCAAACCUCUGCCUCUAUUGUGGAGGUGAUGGACAUCGUGUGGUAACCUGCCCUUUAAAGGGCCGAAGCUCACCGGGCAUAGGGGGAGUCCGGUUGAGUUCAAUGACCAUCCAGUCCUCCGACCGCAAACCCCUGCUGCAAGUUCACCUCCGCCUCUCUGACUCAACUCACACCCUGGCUGCUCUGGUGGAUUCUGGCGCCGAAGCCAACAUAAUGGACAUCAAGCUGGCACGCCAACUGGGACUGGAGAACCUCCGUUUGACACCUCCUAUUCCUGCCCGGGCACUGGACGGACACUUACUCGGAUCGGUCACUCAUGUCACGGCCCCGGUCUCGAUGGGUCUGUCCGGAAACCAUCAAGAAACUAUCCAGUUUCACCUGCUCCCCUCUCCAGGCCAACCCCUCAUCCUGGGUUACCCAUGGCUCCGCCGGCACAACCCUCAGCUCGACUGGGUGACCGGGGUGAUCAGGGAGUGGGGAGAGGACUGCCACCGAACCUGCCUGCUUGCUGCCGCACUACCCCCUCGGCCAGUACCUACUAACUCCGCUCCUGACCUCUCCAAUGUCCCAGAAUGCUACCAUGGUCUCAGAGAGGUGUUUAACAAAGCAAGAGCCACAUCUCUGCCCCCUCACCGACCGUACGACUGUGCCAUCGACCUCCUCCCUGGAACAGCCCCUCCAAAGGGUCGUCUUUAUUCGUUGUCUGCUCCUGAAAGAAAGUCCAUGGAGGACUACAUCAAUGGCUCUCUGUCCGCAGGAUUAAUCCGUUCAUCUUCAUCUCCUGCUGGUGCUGGCUUCUUCUUUGUGGGGAAGAAGGACGGAUCUCUUCGCCCCUGCAUCGACUACAGGGGACUCAACGACAUCACAGUGAAAAACCGUUACCCUCUGCCUCUGCUCACCUCUGCUUUUGAGUUGCUCCAGGGAGCCACUGUUUUUACCAAGUUGGAUCUCAGAAACGCUUACCACCUAGUGCGGAUCCGGGAGGGAGAUGAAUGGAAAACCGCAUUCAAUACACCAACAGGCCACUACGAGUAUCUGGUUAUGCCUUUUGGCCUCACCAAUGCUCCUGCUGUGUUCCAGGCUCUAGUGAAUGAUGUACUGCGGGACAUGUUAAACAAGUUUGUCUUCGUUUACCUGGAUGACAUCUUAAUCUACUCCAGAAACCUGUCUGAACACACCCGCCAUGUCCAGCAAGUCCUUCAUCGUCUUCUGGAGAAUUCCCUCUACGCCAAGGCAGAGAAAUGUGAGUUUCACGUCAAGACAGUGGCCUUCCUGGGGUACAUAGUGGCAGAGGGAAGUAUCCAAAUGGAUCCUGCCAAAGUAUCAGCAGUCACUUCAUGGCCAGUUCCGGAGAACAGAAAGAAGCUGCAACAGUUUCUGGGGUUUGCUAACUUCUAUAGAAAGUUUAUCCGGAACUACAGUACCGUUGCUGCCCCUCUCACUGCUCUAACCAGCACCAAGCAACCCUUCACCUGGACCCCAGCAGCCGACAAAGCCUUCAGUACCCUCAAGGUGAGGUUCACCUCCGCUCCCAUCCUCCAGAUGCCUGAUGUGGACCGGCAAUUCAUUGUGGAGGUGGACGCCUCGGAUGUGGGAGUUGGUGCUGUGAUUUCUCAGUGGGCUGCGGAGGAUAGGAAGCUCCAUCCCUGUGCCUUUUUCUCACGUCGGUUGUCCCCCUCUGAGUGCAAUUACGACAUAGGGAACCGUGAGCUGCUGGCUGUGAAGCUUGCCUUGGAGGAGUGGCGUCACUGGCUGGAGGGGUCCACCAUUCCAUUUCUCGUUUGGACCGAUCAUAAGAACUUGGAGUACAUCCGCACGGCCAAACGGUUGAACUCCAGGCAGUCCCGCUGGGCCCUGUUCUUCACCAGGUUUAAUUUCACUCUGUCAUACCGGCCUGGAUCACGUAACACCAAGCCAGACGCCCUCUCCCGUCAAUUCCAGAAGGAUGACACCCCCUCCAAGGACCCUGUGUCGAUUCUGCCAAGUCCCUGCAUCGUUGCAGCUCUGACCUGGGCUGUUGAGGAACAGGUGCUGGAGGCUCUCCGUAACCAGCCAGGUCCCAGCACUUGCCCAGCUGACCGCCUUUUUGUCCCCGAAGACCUGAGGUCCCAGGUCGUUCAGUGGGGACAUGACUCCCGCCUAGCUUGUCACCCUGGCUCCACCCGCACUUACAACCUGCUCGCCCAGAGGUUCUGGUGGCCCUCUCUGAGAAAGGAUGUACGGGAAUUCGUCCAAGCCUGCCCCAUCUGCAACCAACACAAGUCGUCCUGCCAGCCCCCAGCCGGAUUGCUGCAGCCCCUGCCUGUGCCCAGACGUCCCUGGUCUCACAUCGCCCUUGACUUUGUCACGGGGCUGCCCCCUUCAAGGGGCAUGACCGUCAUUCUCACCAUAGUUGACCGUUUCAGCAAGAUGGCACACUUCAUUCCCCUCCCCAAGCUCCCAACCGCCAAGGAGACCGCCCAGGUGGUCCUGGAACACGUCUUCCGGAUCCACGGACUGCCAAAGGAUGUAGUUUCUGACCGUGGUCCACAAUUCUCCUCCGCUUUUUGGAAGGAGUUCUGUCACCUGCUGGGAGCCACAGUCAGUCUGACUUCCGGAUUCCAUCCCCAAUCCAAUGGGCAGUCAGAGCGGGCUAAUCAGGAGCUCGAGAAGGCACUGCGAUGCAUGACUUCACGCAACCCCCACUCCUGGUCGCAGCAAUUGACAUGGGUGGAGUACGCACACAAUUCUCUGAUCUGCUCUGCCAUCGGUAUGUCCCCUUUCCAAUGUGUUUAUGGAUACCAGCCUCCUCUAUUUGCCAGCCAGGAAGAGGAGGUUACUUGCCCAUCUGCACUUGCUUUUGCCCGUCGAUGUCGCCGCACCUGGUCACAAGCCCGAGCCACACUCCUCAGAUCCGUUGCCAGCUACACUACCGGGGCCAACCGUCGGAGAAUUCCUGCUCCCACCUACCAUGUUGGUCAAAGGGUGUGGUUGUCAUCGAAGAACCUGCCACUCAGGGUGGAGUCGCAGAAGCUGGCACCUCGGUUCAUUGGCCCAUUCCCUAUCAUAAGAGUGAUUAGCCCAACUGCUGUCCGGCUCCAACUGCCUAAUUCCCUGAGGGUGCACCCCACUUUCCAUGUGUCUAAGAUUAAGCCCAUCCAUGAGAGUCCGCUGGUCCCUGCUGCGCCUUGUCCUCCUCCUCCACGGCUCGUCGAUGGUGGUCUGGUUUACACCGUCCGCCGCCUGCUUCGGUCCAGACGGAGGGGUAGGGGUCUCCAGUACCUCAUUGACUGGGAGGGCUAUGGACCUGAGGAAAGGACCUGGGUGCCAGCUAGUCGGAUUGUGGAUAGGACUCUCAUCACCGCUUUCCACCAACGGCAUCCUGAUCAACCUGCAAUCCGUAGGGGCCGCCCCAGAGGGGUCCCUAACCGUCCUGCCCGCUCGGCUUCCUGUCCUGUGCCUGAUCCUGUCUCGGGACCUGUCCCAUCUCCCGACCACGGCCCUCCGGCUUCCUCCGAGGAUGAGGACGUUCACUCGGACCGUUCGGAGGAGUUCUAGCCCUCCUCCGGCUCCCCUCCUCCCGCCCGGCGUGGUGUUGCUCUUGGGACUUCUGGGGCCGUCCCUUGGGGGGGGGGUUCUGUCAUGAGCCUCUCACUCCACCGGGUUACCACCUUAAUUUUCUUCCACUCUGCUCACCACUCUCUCUACUCAGCCUAACUAGCUCCACCUGUCCCUGCUCUGCUCUGCUCUAAUUACUCUGCCAGCUGCGCUGCAUUACCCACUACCUCUCCCAGUAUUUAAGGCCCUGUCUUUCAGCUCUCCGGUGUCAGAUCGCCUGCAAAGCUCACACCCGGAACCUGUUUGCUCGCGCUUCUGGCUCACCCUGGUUGUGUGACCCCGGACCUGCCUGAAUUUUUGGAUACUCUUCUGCCCCAGGAGAUCCAGACCUGCUUCUGCCAUAACGACUCCUGACUACUCUUCAAUCCCGGUAACUCUGACCAGCCUUCUGCCUUGCUACUACGUAUUUUGGAUUUCCCUUGAACUGUACUGCUGCCUUGUUUCAUUCCGCCCUGUUGUGUCUGUGUCUCCCCCCCCCAGGACUUCUGGACCACCCACCACCGGCUUCAUAGGACGCAUCGCUGCCACUGGGGGGGGCACAGACCCAGCACAUUGGACGGGAUCCCUGUUACCCCUGGAGCCUUCAUUCACUCCCUACUUCCCUUUUCCCUUAAGUUUUAAUAAACUUUCUGGUGUGACGCAAUUGUGGUCCUCUGGUCGUCUGUCUGAACCGUGACACUUACAAUAACUUCCCCACAUUCCCACAAAGAAGUCUUCAUUCUAUAAUGUCAUGCAUUUCUAAAAUCUAAUUAAAAACACAUGCUAUAGAUUUAUCAACAUAUGCAUCAAAUCUGCUUUGCGUUGAGCAAAUUAUAAUAUUUCAAGUGUUGACAAAUUGCUUUUAUGUGAUUUUCUGAAGUGUUUGUAACAGUCACUUACAUAUCUCGACUCAAACUCUCAUGUUUGAACUCGUGUUCUCUGUUAAAAGUGCAAAUCCCUUGUUGCUUUGACUACCACAGAUCCAGAGCAUCACUGAUUCAUCCCGUGGUUCUAUCCGUCGUAAGAACCCGUCUAACCUGCGGUCUCAGCAGAGCAGUGAGGAGCCGGCUGGAGUCAGC